AUGACUGUGAAGACCCAGACAGACAGACCAGGAGCUACAGCUGCAGAGACGAUGGUUCCAGUCAGGAGAGCGCUGAGUUUGCUACUGGGCAUGCUCAGUCUGUCUCUGGUGCUUGUGGUGCUCGGAGUCUACACGACAACCCGAACAGAGAGCCUGAACGUGAGCGGAUACGCCUCUGGAGUCAUUCUGACCCUAGGAUCGUUCCUUGGACUUCUGGGGCUCGGCCUGGAGGAGAAUCGCAGACAGCUGCUGACAGCAGCUAUCAUUUUCUUCAGCUUUGGGAUCAUCUCCUCCUUUUUCUGUCUGAUGAUUGAUGGUGUCUGCAUCGCCGUAAACAUGGACAUGCGCCCUCUGCUGGCAGGGAGGUGUCAGUAUUACAGCAGUGGCAGUAGCUACAUCUACGAGAAUUUCUACACCUCAGUAUCGUGUUGGAAUCUGGAGGAGUCGUGUAGCGUGGCAGUGAAGAGUGGAACGUGCUACUGCUGUGACCUCUACAACUGCGCCAAUGGAGGAUACCUCAGCAGUUUCUAUGAGUUCGUUGGUGUUCGGAGCUGUGAGGAGGUUUUUAUCUUAUACGUUCUGAUCUGGAUCCUGGCUGGCCUGAACCUGGUGGCGUUCUUCGCAGGGAUCCUGACCACAGCAGUGCUGGGCAGCAUCAAGGCCACAAGGAGCAGCAGUCAUGUAACCAAGCCCUCUGAGAGUACGCCAUGUUCCCCGACGGCUCCUCUGCUGACAGACGCCAGUGAACACUCUGCCUACCCGCUCCACCCGGGAGCCGUGAUGUAUUUUCCUCAAACAGAAGGGACGUCUGCUGCGACACAGAGUUCUCUUUCUUAUCCUUCAUCACCAUUCCUCACAAACAGCCACACGCUUCUUCCGUCCAACUUCUCUACGGUGUCCACGACCUCGCCACCUGAUCGCCAUCACAACUUUCAACACCUCACAACCAAGACUCAUGAACAAGAUACAAAGAAGCUGUACUGAUAAGAUCAUCCUUCAUUUAAGGAAGAGACCAAGAAUGUGGGGUAUAAGUGAAGGAAAGAUCAGGGGCUGAGCCUGGAGAUGGCGUAUGCCACGCAAACCAAUGUAGUUCAGCAUUUUCAGCAUUAAUUCACAACACAAACCAACAUAAUCCAUUUCUGCUCUCAUUUUCAUCACAAAUCAGUGUUCUUCAGCUAUUUCAGCAUUAAUAAAUAACAUAAAUCCAUAUAGUCCAGCAUUAUCAACUCUCAUUUUUAACACAGACCAAUGUUUAUUGCAUUUUCAGCAAUAAUUUUAGGCACAAUCCAGUGUAGUCCAGCAUUUUGAGCAUUUAUUUAUAACACAAACCAGUGUAUUCCAGCAUUUUCAGCAUUUAUUAUAACACAAACCAGUGUAUUCCAGCAUUAUGAGCGUUUAUUUAUAACACAAACCAGUGUAGUCCAGCAUUUUGAGCAUUUAUUUAUAACACAAACCAGUGUAUUCCAGCAUUUUCAGCAUUUAUUAUAACACAAACCAGUGUAGUCCAGCAUUUUGAGCGUUUAUUUAUAACACAAACCGUUGUAUUUCAGCAUUUUGAGCAUUUAUUUAUAACACAAACCAGUGUAUUCCAGCAUUUUGAGCAUUUAUUAUAACACAAACCAGUGUAGUCCAGCAUUUUGAGCAUUUAUUUAUAACACAAACCAGUGCUGUUUUGUUAUUUUUAGAGAAAUCUAAAAAUUCUUGAGGCUGAAGGAUUCAUAUUUAGUGAUUUUCGUUCCUUUUUUAUUCUGGUUAAAGAUUAAAACAUGUUAUCCUGUAUAUUUCUCACAAACAUAAUGGUCUGAUGAUUUUUAAUGAAAUAUUAUAUUUUGUGAAACAGCUUUAACAUAUUCGUUUGGAUCUGAUGAAUCUUUUUUAUGUUAUAUUGUCUAAAAGAUUAUUUUAUAUAAAACUGUAUUAGUGAUGAUAACAUCCACAGACCCAUGCCUUCUACGAACACCACUGUAGAGCGGGGGGUCAUUCCUGAUGGACCUGGAGAGAGGCAGGACUAGGAGAGCUCUGGGGGUCAGAAGAGUCUUACGUUAUUACCAGGGCCUGACAUUUACUCUUCUGCUGCUCACCAGCCACUGUGGCUUGUGUUUCUGUAAAGUUACUCACCACGCAGCAUUUUUCUCAGGAUUUUGACUUUUUAGGAAUAACGUUAUAUGACUACAUAAACACUGUUACUUCAUCAUUUAUUUAGGCUGCAGCAGGUUACAUGAAGAUCUCUAAUCCCCACAGAUGUCUUGUAGCCUCUCAUCUCCUCUUUUCUUCUUUAAACUAACUGUGUGUCAUCAUUUAUAGUGAAAGUGUCUUUAUAGGUUUUUAUUUUAUUAUUGUGUCAUACAUAUAAUCAUAUGCCCAGCCCACAUGGGCUUACAUGACACCAAGAGUUCAAACAAAACCAGGACCAGAGUGCAUGGUAGUUCUCUCAUCAUUAUAGAACAGGAAGGAAGAUGGAGACAAAAAAAAAAAAAAAAAGAGUAAAUUAGUUAAAUAAACUAUCUUGUCUUCUUUUCCAGGCUUUUACAUGUGUAAAAUAAAACUCCAAAAUGUAUUAAAUUAUCAGUUUAAAUAAUGGAUGACCCCAAUUUACUGUAUAAAGUUAAAGUUUGACAAGAUUAAACAUCUGG